AUGGAGGGAACCAUCUAUCACACGCAAUGGCUGUGGAAGCCAUGGCAUACUGCAGGCACGCUACGAAUAGCUUCGCGUCCACGCAGCUUCACUGAUGAUGGGAAUCUGGGUGGAAUCCUUCUUGUGCACAAUCACCAGAACCGGCCGAUCGGCCAGUCUUUCUCAUUUGUCCUUGAGGUGACUCGUGGUGGUUACCGCACUCUCUGGGGUCUUGUGCUAUUCCGUCUCAUCGAACGGCCAGUCAGUAUCGCAGUUCUCGUGGAGUAUAAGGUUCAAAUGGUAAACGAGCAGUGGAAGGAAGAUGAUGAGUUUCUGGGGAUGUCACUCAGUAUGAAUUGCAGUUCUCCGGGUGGAAAUACAGUGGGUGAUUCGGGCAUAUCCAAUGGAGACAACUCUUGUAUCGAAAUCGGCGAGGAGAUCUACACAAUAGAACUUCGUCCACUAGACAAGAACGAUCAUGCUCUUGCUGGGCUCUCUAUUGCUUGCGAGAUUGCUAGUUGCCCAAGAGAAUCAAAUAUUGGUUGCUUAGGAUAUGAAGAAUUUCGUGGCAUAUACAGUGUUAUUGGCACACUCAAUCUGAUGUCUGCCCUUCUAAGUGUUGGUGUACAUUCACGAUCCGACAAAUCAGGAAGGUCAGCCGAGGGACGACUAGCCCCCAGCAACAGUACUGGCUUUUGGCAAAUUAGACAGAUUGCACCAUGCCAUAUCUCGUAUUCCCAACAGCCGUCUCAGAACCGCAAACCCCGAAGGGAUGAGGCCGCUGACAAAAAUGUUGGGAGUGAAUCACGACCCAUCGGAUCCAGUAGAAAGAAAUUACCUGAAUGUCCAUAUCAUGAUUCAAUCAAUCUUGGGAGAAUCACGCAAGAGGCUGUCCAUGACCAUUGGAAGGCGAAGGAUGUAAAAUUCCGGGUGUGGCCGUCGGAUCCGGAUAUCCAGGCAGAGAGGCAAUCCCGAUGUGGGCAUGCCUAUGCCGAGUGGUGGUUGUUGACGUUUUGUUUGGCUGGCGACCCGGCCCGGAUGCCGGACAAGACCCGAUGGAAACUCCGAGCAAACCGAGCGAAGCACAGCAAAAACCGGGCGGGGAAUGGCUUAGGGCUACUCGGAGGAGCCCGUCGCAGCAGUGGAGGGGAUCCCAAGGUGGGAAACACCAAGAGAGGGACGUCGAACAUCACGAUCAUCCGGAACAUACCCACCGGCUCCGUAAACCUCCAUCAGGAGAAGUGUUCCAAACUUCCAUGA